AUGAGGAUAUUCAACAUCAUCAUCGCCCUCGCCCUCUCAUGGGUAGUAGUCUCCAGUGCUCCUACCUAUGACGGCUUCGACAUCGUCUGGCAAGACACCUUUGAGGGUCCUGCCGGCUCUCUUCCUGACAGAUCCAAAUGGAUCAUGCAGGACUGGUACAAGGAUCUCAACGGUGACUGGCAAACGUACACAACCAGUCCUAAGAACCAGCAGCUCACCGGUGACGGCUCUCUCCUGAUCAUCCCCCUGAGAGAUUCAUCCGCUACCAAGGGUUGGACAUCUGGUCGCCUCGAAAGUGUAUACACUUUCACCCCUGCCCCAGGAGCACGCACCAUCGCCGAAGCAUCUAUUCGGCUGGGUAGUGCUCCUCCAUCUGGUAAGCAAGGUAUCUGGCCCGCAUUUUGGCUUCUCGGUGAUAGUCACCGAAAGGGAACUCUCAUCUGGCCGACCUGUGGCGAGAUCGAUAUCAUGGAAAACGUCAACGGUGAAACCAAGACCCAAGGCGUUAUCCAUUGUGACAAGAACCCCGAUGGCAUCUGCAACGAGAAUAAUGGUAUCGCUGGUGCGACCAGACUUGCGGAUUCUGGUCAAGAUUUCCACACCUACACUGCGGUUAUCGAUCGAACACCCGGAGACUGGAGGGAUGAGAGUGUCUCCUUCUAUCUCGACGGUGUCCAGUACCACCAGGUCACCGGCGACAGGAUCGGAAAUGAGGAAGUUUGGGGCAAGGUUGCCCACAACUUGAUCCAUUUCAUCUUGAACGUUGCUCCUGGCGAUCCCGAUGAGUCUACCAUGGACGGAUUGGCCAAUGCGAUCGAGGUCGAAUACGUUGCCCACUACCAGUCGACUGGCUCCGGAGGAUCUCCCGCAUACCAGGGUGGUGAGAGUGGUUACAAGAACGGCGGGUAUGGUGAGGUCGUUGAGCCUGUCUACCCCCAGCCGCGACCGCCCUCAACCUUUCCUGAGUACCCCAUGCCCACCACCUCCAACGAUGGCGAAGGCUUUUCUAUCUUGGAAGUUGCUGACCAUCCUGGUCUCUAUCAUAUUCCUGGUGUUCCUGGAUUUCGCGAAGUCAAGGGUCAUCCGGGCCUGUAUGAAACGCCUGACAACAAGCGUUAUCAGGUUCCUGAACUUCCUGGCCUUCGUGAGGUUCCUGGUCGUCCUGGUUUCUAUCAGGUUUAUGGUGCUGAAGACAGUUCUUUGAACUAUCCUCCUCGUCACAAGACACCUACACACCACAACUUCCCAAUUCCUGAGGAGCCGCCUCGACAUGACCAAUCUCAAUACAACUCUUUCCCUUCGCCCAAGUCUGAUGGCUACUAUCGUCCCCCACAUUCGUCUGGUGAUCGCUACUACGGUGGCUCGGGUUCCCGAGAAUCGUCUGAUGAUCGCUAUUACGGUGGCUCAGGUCACAGGGAAUCAACUAUUGUUGGGUAUCCCGGUGGCUCUACGCACGCAGAUCAUACUGGAUCCAGACCAGCACCAGUUCCUGGCCGGAUGACCGAUACUGACAGGAUGAACCAGCUACCGCCGAUGAAUCCUACUCGUGGUAGAUAUGGAUCGCACGCCGAGCACUUCCAAGAAACCUCUCAUCAAGCCCCCUGGCCUCCCCACAGGUUCCAAGAUGGUUACUCACAAGCUCCCGAGUCUGCCCCUCAGUAUCCUCACGGCGCUUAUCAACAGUCUCAUGAUUCAUCUAUCGUUUAUUGUUCAGCCCCUAGUGCCGGAGACCCUAACCAUGGAACGUAUGGUCGCCCAGGUGGAUGGGGUCCUGCAACUGGAAAGCCUUGCCCUGACGGCGCUACAUCCAGGAUGAAGGCUCGCCAGAUUUCGCCUCCUAAUGACGAGGGGGAGGUAGAAUCCAAGGUUAAUUCCACAUCUUCGAAACCGGGUAUGCCGUAUCGCUUCAAGACUCCUGGAUAUCCACCCGCUCCUGCAUCAGAUGCCAUUGCACCAUCUAUAGUCACGCCUGGUGAAUACGGUGGUGUUCAGGCCAAAGACAAGGGCAAAUAUCUUGAUGCACGUGCCGAUUCUCCGGGCAUGCGUUACCGCUUCAAAACUCCGGGCUAUCAACCUGCUCCUGCACCAGACGCCGUCGCACCCCCUACAGUUACGCCUGGUGGAUUUGGUGGUGUUCAAGCUGGAGACAAGGACAAGUAUCUUGAUAGACGUACAGAUGCCCUGGGCAUGCCUGACCUUUUCAAGACUCCUGGAUACCCGCCUGCCCCUGAAGAAAAUGCGGUUGCACCAACUACUGUUACUCUUGGUGAGUAUGGUGGCGUCCAGGCCAAAGAUAAGGCCAAGUAUCUUGGUACACAUGCAGAUGCUCCGAAAAUGCCUUAUCGAUUUAAGACUCCUGGAUACCCGCCUGCUCCUGAGGCAGAUGCUGUCGCGCCGCCUACUGUAACUCCCGGUGAGUAUGGUGGCGUCCAGGCUAAGGACAAGGCCAAGUAUCUCGACCCAAGAGAGGUUGAUGAACCUACUCCUGUCUCUAGCCAAGGCCAAGUCAUUCGUGUUCUCACAUGUGCGUAA